AUGGAUAGGGAGGGUAUCAUUUCAAAGGGAUCUCGGAGCAAGAAGAUCGAGUCUCUGCUCAGCACUCAAGCGAAGGCUGCGAACUUAGCGGCUGAGCAGCGAUGGGUGGGAGCAACCACUCAACUCGUCGAUGACCUGCUCGCCAUCCCAUGUCCCGGAGAAGAAAAUCUUCUUCCCCCUCCUCCCUCUCCUCCCCGGCCCUUCAAGUUCGACGCCUCCCAGACAGAGCACGAGCUGACCCGCCUGCUCAUCUCGACGGCUCGUCAGCAUGCGGCGGCUGGCGAGCACAACAAGAGCGCGUGCUUGGGUCUCUUCCGCGGAGACAUAGCAGAAGCGCUGGCGACGGCGGCAGAGCGCGGCGCACUCACAAGCGAGCUUGUGUCUCUCGCUCCCCUGGCUGGGCAUGACGUCUGGUCUGCUGCCUCCCGACUGCUCGCCAAGCAGGCAGCCUUUCCCUUCCUCCUCCUCCUCCCUGACUCUCAGCAGCUCGAGGCCCAGCAGCUGCCCCACCAGGCUGUCGCCCAUCUGCUCGCGUGCAAUCAGGUGGAGGAUGCGGUCGCUGUUUACCGCCGAGCUGGCAUGUACCGAGAUGCGAUCGCUCUUGCUCGCUGUCGCUUCUCCUCCUCCCAGCUUGUUCUCCAGCAGCUCUGGUCCGACUGGGCUCAAGCCUUGCAAGCUGCUCAUAGGCCAAUCUACGCGGCGCAGUGCUUUCUACGGGCCGGGAGGGCAUCGGAGGCGAUCGCUGUGCUCGAGCAAGGGGGGGGACCGCGCGGGUCUGAGCCCAGCAUGCUCCUGGCUGCUCACAAGCUGUCGGAGAAGUUCGGGGCGAGGAGCGAGGCUCGGACGCUGCGAUGUGCGGGGCUGCUGUGGGAAGUCGGGAUGCUGGAGGAGGCGGGCGAGGUGUCAUGCUCUCUUGCCGGCUGCUCAUCCCUUCGACUUCUCGUCGCGCUCGAGUUGCGAGUUAUGCCGCAGCCUCUCGCAGAGCUCUCCGUCCUCCACCGCCUUCGCCUUCUCCUCCCCCACCCCUCAGACCAGCUCGUGCGGCUGGCUGAGGGCGGUUGGGGGGGAAGCGGAUGCGAGGAAGAGAACAACGGGGUGCUUGCUGGGAUCCUACUGGAGGCUGCGACGAGCUUGGACGGGGGAGAAGGGGAGGAGGGGCGAAACAGGAGAGAACGAGCUGAGAGGCUGCUGGAGGACGUGCAGCGAGGCGAGUGGGUUCGCAGCCUCAGGGGGGGUAUGGAGGAAAUUUUGACGCGCAGGCAGCAGGCCCGCGCAGCCAGAAGCUUCCUGCUCGCCGUCCUGCUGGGGUUCUGCGGGAAGAGGGAGAAGGCUGGGCAAGAGCUCGCCGUCGCCCUCUCGCAGCUGUUCGCUCUCAAGGACUACAUGGCUGCCGCCGAGCUCGCAGUCGCGCUGCUGCCCGACGACUGUGGUGGUCUCGAGCGCAUGGGAGGAGAGGAAGAGGAAGGCGACGCGAAACCGAUGAGGGAAAGAGAGGGACGGGAGGGCAAAGUUCUUCAAGUCCUGCAAGCUUUCCGCUGGUUCGGUGAAGUUUAUAUGGCUUGCAACGGGACGGGGAGGAAGGAGGUGGGGAAGGAGCGUCAGAGGUUGGACCGGCUGCAGGAGAUGAGGGCGAAGCUUGUGGGAACAAGCAGACACAACCAAGUCGAACAAGCGCUCUCAUCCUUGCCUUCUGUGGUUACCUGGCUCCUUCCUCCUCCUCGUUGCAUCAGCUUCUCCGAUCCUGAAAGCAUCAUCCAAGCUCCUGCCCCGAGCAUAUGCUCUCAGCUCCUCGCGGAUCUGGACCAGCUGAAUGUCGAAGAGAGAACCCUCCAAUAA